GGGUGGGACGGUGCAGGCGCAGAGGACUGGGUUUGGCUGGACUCGAUUUAAAGAGACAGAAGCCGUCCGGGUCUAAGAAGACGGUCCCCAAGACCCUCCCCCCAAGUCCUUGGGACCACUUGGGUCCCGAAAGCUGGGGAGAUGGUUUGCGGUGGCUUUGCCUGUUCCAAGAAUGCGCUGUGCGCGCUCAACGUGGUCUACAUGCUGGUAGGCUUGUUGCUCAUUGGAGUGGCUGCUUGGGGUAAGGGCCUGGGUCUGGUAUCCAGCAUCCACAUCAUCGGAGGAGUCAUUGCUGUGGGAGUCUUCCUUCUCCUCAUCGCGGUGGCUGGACUGGUGGGUGCUGUCAACCACCACCAAGUACUCCUGUUCUUUUACAUGAUCAUCCUUGGUCUGGUGUUCGUCUUCCAGUUUGGAAUCUCUUGCUCAUGUCUGGCUAUUAACCGAAGCAAACAGACAGAUGUCAUCAAUGCUUCCUGGUGGGUCAUGAGCAACAAGACUCGGGAUGAAUUGGAAAGAAGUUUUGAUUGUUGUGGCUUGUUCAACCUUACAACCCUGUAUCAACAAGAUUAUGCUUUCUGCACUGCAAUCUGCAAGAGCCGGAGCCCCACGUGCCAGAUGUGUGGAGAAAAGUUUCUUAAGCAUUCAGAUGAGGCCCUGAAAAUCCUGGGGGGUGUUGGACUCUUCUUUAGCUUUACAGAGAUCCUUGGUGUUUGGCUAGCGAUGAGAUUUCGGAAUCAGAAGGAUCCUCGAGCCAACCCCAGUGCCUUUCUAUGAGACUUUGGAGCCUUCUGACUUCUCUCCUGCUCUCUGCUCUCCCUAAGCUUUUUCUUCCUCCCUUACGGAAGACCUAGGGUCUGUAGCCCUUUUUGUUUGAGAAAAAGGCAAGGCCCUUUGCCAUGUCCCCUCAAGAUGACUGAAUAGCUAGGCUUUGUGCCAUGACAUGUUUUAGUGGGAGCAAGAUUAUAAAGAACAAAGAGAAACUUCCUCCCUCUGUCCCUCAGGGGACAUGGGAAGCUCCCGGGAAGUACAUGAGAUGGAUGGGGGUUGGAGUCAUUCCUGGCUCUGUCUCCCCUCUUCUCCCUUUCACAUCCUGGCUCCAAAGGUAAAUUGGGGACAGAGCCCAGGAGAAAGUCACCAAGAACUCUUCCUUGUAAUAAGCAGGACCCAGUUUGGGGGAAUUCAGUGAAUAUAAAAAUAAAAGCCAUUUAAACUCCA